CAGAAUUAAUUCUCAUGUCAGCAGAAAGCUCAACGAUCACAGUCCGUCUUGUUCGCUCUUUUGAACACCGGAACUUCAGACCUGUGGUGUACCAUGGAGUUAACUUGGAUCAGACAGCAAAGCAGUUCAUUACUUUUGUGCGGAAGGAUGUGUCUUCAAGAACAGGACUUCCUCCUCCUUUUAAAAAUUACAAGUAUGAUACAAUGAAGAUAAUUCACCAAGCACACAAAUCCAAGACUGGUGAACUUGUAGUGAGUUUGGAAGAUGAUGACAAACUGAUUUUGAAAGAAGACAGUACGCUGAAAGCAGCUGGAGUAGCAAAUGAGACCGAAUUAGCAUUCUUCUGUGAGGAAGAUUACAGAAACUACAAAGCUAAUCCUGUUUCGGCCUGGUGAAGAUCCCAAGAGAUUGUUUUGUUUUCCCAUACCUGUUGUAAAUUUUCCUUAUUCUGCUUAAUGAGAUUUUUCUUAAAGAUCAAUAAAUCCUAGAGGAUUGCUUUGCAAACAGUGCAAUUCCCUUCCUAUAGAAAUUAAUUUCUGUCAAUAUACUAAGGCUGAGAGAGGGAAAACUGGGGGACAUAAAUUACUUUUUUUCUUUCUUGCAUUUCUUUUUCCUUUGCUUGCCUCUUACGAUGCAGGCAGUGCAAUCUCUGACUUGUGACACACGUUCUCAGCAUGAUCCUACAGCAGAUGUUAGCUACAUACGGAGAUUAUAGAAUGCACAGUAAGAUCCCAUUGCAGUACUAACUUCUAAUGGAAAUGGAAACGUUUUAUG